AAUCGUACUAGACAUUAUUACGAUAAACCGUAUCUCCGUGUUACAGAAGUUGUGUUGCUUUUGUUCUUUGUCCCAGAGACCAGAGACCAAACCUAGACCAUGCUGAUGAGUAGCCAAAAAGCACGAAACAGCUGUCCAUCGUUGACUGUAUUUUGGUCUACUAUACAGCCAGGUUCGUCGGCCAUCUAACGAUCACAUGGUGACUGGGCUAUUAAACGCUAACUGAGACCUUUACACUUCCAACAAAUAGCUGCUAUGCACUCUUUGCAGUGGUGGAUUUUGGUGAUAGAUGGCGCUUUGCACUGUUUUCUUUCAAAACUUGAGACGAAGGAGCUUCACUAUUGUUUAAAGGGCACGUCGUAUCAAUCGGCAUAUUUUCAAUUGUUUUUCAAAAGAUAUUUUUUAUUUUAUUUAUUGCUGAAAACAUUUGAUAUGAAUCAGCUUGUCGUGUGUGUGGCCGUUUAAGUCUCUAUCAACUGCAUUAUCUGUAGAGGGAAAUCUACAAAUAAUGCUACUACCGAGAACGAUUUUCCUGACUGACAUCUUGCAGGACGGCUGACUUUUACACGACAUGAAGGAUUUUUCAAGCAUCCAAAUUAAUUUCACAGUAGAAAAAUCGUUGUGCAGGUUGAUCUGUUGCUCAUUAUACUUGGCUUUUUCAGAACUAUAACAAAAAAAAAACGAAUAUUUUUUUUUGUGAACCACUGCCACCUACACCAUGAGAAAGAAAAAGCUCCAAGCUCCAUAGAGGAACAACCUCAAAUAAAUUCUUAUACCUUAUUUGUAAUCACCUGUCAAAAAUUCGCUUACGGAUAAAUUUGCUCGUUCCUCAAUUUAAAGAUUUUCAUUUCUUGUCACAAAUUGAAUCUUUACAACAAUUUAUAAAAUUCAGACAUUUCAUGAAGAUAUGGUAAGGUCAAAUAUUGCAGGUCUACAUUUUAACACAUUGGUGGACUUUAAACCCGUAAAUUGUAGAAACUUUUUCAUUGCAACGGUAAGCAGCGACUUGAUUGAGCUCAUCUAUGUUCCAAUUAAACAUGACGCAAUACGUCGUCGGUGAGAAAACCGUACUAGUUGUUUGUGUUGCAUCGGCAUUCUUUCAUUUCACAAGAAUGAGAAUCAAUAUAUCUGCGUGAAAGGAAGGUCACCUCUUAUAACACCCAUAUAAAACUUACAUGAAAAGUGUUGUAUCCAAUGAUACGUUCCAUUUUUCGCAGACGAUAAUCUACAAGUGCAACCGGGGUAAUUUGAAUAAGCAGGUAGCGUCAAGGUAGUCAGUUAAUUGCAUUAGUUUACAUGGAAAAUCAUUAAUAAAAAUGCAUAUAAUAACCACAAAGCACACUGUUUAUAUGGUUGGUUAAAUAAGCCAUAUAACAAUUAAAUAUCAGUAGUGAGUCAUCAAGAGGUAAUCUAUGAGGGCAUCAUUGUCCAUCUUGGUCAGCAAACAAUCAUCGAGCAAAACGUUGAACAGUAAAGUUUUCAUGUAGCCGCGUUUUGUUAAUAGAUAACGUUUAGAUACAUGUGGUUCAUAAUAAGUCAUCAAUAAUAUUCAAGUUCAUAUUUGAAUCGUGUUGUAAUACAUUUUUGAAUUAUUUGAAGACGUACAAUCCAAGUUAUACUCCACUACUCUACCACGGAAUUUCAUUUUUUCAUUUAACUAAAAAUUCAACAAUACAUUAUUUAUAUCUGUGAGGAAAAACUGCGAUACAGGUAUAUUUCGAAGUACUUCGAUACCUCCGCGCUUUGACCCACCAAGUCCAUUCAAGCUCGAUCAGCUACGCGCUGCCAGAAUACAUUUGCUUACCUCUGGCCACUUGCGAUUGAACCUCUCCGCUACAUCUUGUCUGAAUGCACCCGUUCUGAUAAAAGUUUACUGCAGGAAAACCUAUUCAUUUAUGAACAUUCGUGAACAGUUGCAUCAAAGCUAUAUAACUUGGUUGCAAGGUAACAUCGAAUUGUCUCGCAAAGCUAAUCUUUCACAACCGUCUCUUGAAAACAUUUCCCGUUUCUCCCGAUAGAGCGGUUGUGUAGCUGCUAGCCAGAUCUGAGCGGGUGUAUGUUGGCAGCGCGUAGCUGAGCGAGUUUGAGUGCAGUCGAUGGCGCACACCCUCUGUUACGCGUAUGUAUCGACCUGACGGAUUAUAAUCCAACAUUUCUUGGUGCUCUUUGAAUGACUGAAUUCUAUUGACGUUACUAUAUUUUUUAGGCAACAAUGAGGUGGUCAGUCCAUGGAAACUUAUUAUGAACGUUCUGACAGAGCGGCCAGAAGCAAAGGCUAAGUCAAACCUUGUGGAAGCAAAGGAAGAACUGGAAGGACAGACCAAGUUGGUCUGUCCGGAAAAAGAAAAUCCUCCCUUUUUCUCAUUGCCAUGCUCCAAGACCAGAGACUGCGCUAUCUUGAGGGAUCCCGAGCUGAUUUGCUGCAAGAAUAGGUGCAUUAAGGGGAAACACUCAUUGAUAACAGAAAAAGAUAAGCAUCCUCCUACAUUUUUUGGCAUCGUGCAACAAGAGUGCCCAAAGGAAUUACUACCUGAGGUAAAAGAAGUGGAAAAAUGUGAAUCUGACCAUCACUGUUCGCCCAGAAUUUGCUGUCCUUACACACUGAAAAGCGGAGAAAAUGUCAGUUACUGCCGCACUCCACAACCUGUAUUGGACAGCAUUCCACUAGUUGGCGAGUUAGCAGAAAAUGUACGAAGUAGUGUUAUAGCUUACAUGCAAUGCACACCUCCACCUCCUCCAGAAUUGGACUUACAUCCUAAGCCGUGUGAAGCGCCACUGGAUUGUUUUCCAAAUCUGUGUUGUCAGGAGGGCGGAAAGAAGUACUGCAGGCCUCCGAAACGGAAUAUUCUGACGUUAAUUGCCGAUGUUGGACAGAGAGUUAUCCCAACUGAUGUGGCCAGAGAGUUUAUCAAGAGAAUUUCCUAGUUCAAACGUAACUGCCGAAUUCUUUUACCGAGAUAAGUUUUGAUGUACAAAGUUAUUAUUUGUAUUAGCUUUUUAAUAAAAUAGUGCAUUUUUAAACAA